AACCAUGAGAGGGAGACACCGCUCCACUGUGCAGCACAGUACGGACACACUGAGGUGGUCUCUGUGCUUCUGCAGGAGCUGACUGACCCGAUGAUGAGAAACAACCGUCAGGAGACCCCUCUGGACCUGGCUGCACUUUAUGGACGCCUGCAGGUGGUGCGCAUGUUGGUGAGCACUCACCCAAACCUCAUGACGAGCCACACCCGCCUUCACACUCCGCUUCACCUGGCCGCACGAAACGGGCACCACAGCACGGUCCAGACCCUGCUGGAGGCCGGUAUGGACGUCAACUGUGUGACGGAGAAUGGGAGUGCCCUUCAUGAGGCUGCCCUUUUUGGGAAGAUGGAUGUAGUCCGCCUUUUGCUUGACUCAGGGAUAGACACCAGUCUGAGAGACAGUCAGGGGAGAACAGCGCUGGAGAUUCUCAGAGAUCACCCAGCGCCCAAGUCCCAGCAGAUAACGGCUCUCAUUCAAGAGUACAUGAUCGACGAGAUGGAGAGGCUGAGUAUUUUGGAAGAACCGGUCCGGAUGUGUCCUGUACCUGCGCCUCGGACCUCCAUCCCCUCACCUGCUGCCUCGCCGUCCCUCCGACACAAGAAUGACGCUGUGACGAGCGAGCUGUCCAAACUGCUCCACGACAUCAAGAGGUGCCGGGACAGGGACUACUCCUUCGAGGAGCUCUGCCACACCAUCUCCUCCCACUCCAUGGACAGCUUCGGCAGCGGACGGCUGUCUGACGAGGAGCGGCCGGACCGACCUAACGGCACCCUAACUAGAGUCAGCAAGCGGCCCACCCCGCCUCUCGCUGCAGCAGUGGAGGAAGACGAGGCAGAAAAGACGUGCGGCCCCACGGGAUUCUGGGAAGCUCUCACCCCGUGCAACGGCUGCCGCAACCUCGGCUUCUCCAGCGGCUCUCAGGAUUUUAAGCAUUCAGUGGAGCUGGUCACCUCCCCAUCAUUGGAUGUUUUCCUGCCUGAAGACGAGGACAACCCGUACGAGUCCGUGACCACCGCCGUCACACGCAAACCUUGCUCCCUCGAAAUCAACCACCGGCUCAACGUCUGCGCCCGUAACGGUCACUCGUCCCAUGCAGCCUUGAGCGAGGAGGAGCACGGUAACCAUGACGACUGCUCCACAGGACCCACACCAGACUGCUCGCCCCCCUCCCCGGACACGGCCCUGAAGAACAUCGAGAGAGUCAUCCGCCCACAGCCCAAGCAGCGCACCUCCUUGUCGUCUUCUCUGGAUGUCCAGAGGCCAGUCAACCACAGCUGUGAACCCAGUGAGGUGAGCUCCUCUCUGGGCUACGCCAGCUUCAGCACCAGUCCCCCUGCCAGUCCUCCUCUCAGCCCCAACCAGGAGGACUCUGCAGGGUCCAACGACGACUGUCAGCUCACAGACGACGGCGCGUACCAGCGGGAGCCGCCCGCGCCUCCUCUCGGCUCUUCCUCCAGUUCCAGCCACCUCGCGGGGGACAACAGAAAAAGCCUCAUCCCAGAGGAGUUUGCAGGCCUCCUUCAUGGAUCGUCUCCAGCGUGCGAGCCCCCAGAUACGCCUUAUCACCUUUAUAGCCCCAAACACUUUAAUUAUGCUCCUUCAGAAGUCCAGAGCGGCGCGCUGCAGACUCCAGAGCUCAGCGCUGUGAUCGGAGGGGGAGCCUCUCAGGGCUUCUCCAGAACUGAGAACGAAUCGUCCCCUCAGAGGACCCAGAAGCCCCAGAUUGUUUACCGCACCAUCUUCCACACCAGGGUCAACCAGGACCAAAUUCAGCCCAAGAACUGUGAACAGGUGGACGUGCCUCGUGGAUGGUCAACCCUUAGCCACCCGGCCUCUUGUUCCCCGGGACAGAACGGAGGAUUUGGCGAGUCGCAGGGGAACCAGGCAGGAGGCGAGGCCAAGGACGGUUACGAGGAGAGAGCCUGCACCCUGGGGAGGAUGAGAUCCGUCCCACGCAGUGUGUUGGAUUUGCAGCUGUCCAAGUCUCUCUCCAAGUCCGACUCGAACCUGGUGGCCGUGUCCCCCAUACAGGAGGAGCACAGUUGGGGGUCUGGAUCACGGGGCCAGGGGCCUGGAAGCCCCGGCUCUCGGGAAAGCGCGAGCCCUGAAAAAAGACUGGAGCGGACCCCCUCUUUCACCGCCGAGUGGGAGGAGAUUGACAAGAUUAUGAGCUCUAUUGGAGCGGGGAUCGGCAGCGGAUUGGCCGUCAAGGAGGUCAGCUCAGGUCCCCGCUGCCCGCUGCAGUCCGUCGGACAGUGGCUGGACUCCAUCGGUCUGGUCCAGUACGAGAACCACCUGCUGGCCAACGGGUUUGACAACGUUCAGUUCAUGGGGAGCAAUGUGGUGGAAGACCAAGACCUGCUGGAGAUUGGAAUACUGAACUCUGCUCACAGACAGCGCCUCCUGCAGGCCAUACGGCUGCUGCCCAGGGUGCGACCUGUGGGCUAUGAUGGCAACAACCCCACAUCAGUGGCCGAGUGGCUGGAGUCUUUGGAGCUCGGCGACUACACCAAAUCUUUCCUUGUCAACGGGUACACCUCCAUGGAGCUGGUCAAAAAGAUCUGGGAGAUUGAGCUGAUCAAUGUGUUGAAGAUCAAUCUCAUCGGACACAGAAAGCGGAUCCUGGCAUCACUGGGGGACCGGCUACACGACGACACACCACAGAAACCUCCGCGGGCCAUCUCCUUACGGGAACCUGGAGGAAACCACACUCCUCCUCAGCUCAGCCCCUCGGUAGGCCAGGCAGCGUAUACGACGGGGGUCCCCGGCGGAUCUCUGGACGUGCAGCACCUCAUUAUGCAGGCGGACGCUCGGCGCAGGCAGCGCAGCACCGAGAACUACUUUGACGACGUGCCGCGAUCCAAGCUGGAGCGACAGAUGGCUCAAGUCAGCAUGGCUGGCGAAUGGUGCGAGCCGAUCACGUUGCGUCCGCCCAACGAGGCGACAUCCUCCACUCCCGUUCAGUACUGGCAGCAUCAUCCAGAGAAGCUCAUCUUUCAGUCCUGUGACUACGAAGCUUACUACCUGGGCUCCAUGUUGGUGAAGGAGCUGAGAGGGACGGAGUCGACGCAAGACGCCUGCGCUAAAAUGAGGAAGUCGACAGAACAGAUGAAGAAAGUACCGACCAUCGUCCUCUCCGUGUCCUACAAAGGAGUGAAGUUCAUCGAUGCCACCAAUAAGCAGAACAUCAUAGCGGAGCACGAGAUUCGCAACAUCUCAUGUGCAGCUCAGGAUCCAGAAGAUCUGUCUACAUUUGCCUACAUCACCAAAGACCUCAAAUCCAGUCACCACUACUGCCAUGUCUUCACUGCUUUUGAUGUGAAUCUGGCCUAUGAGAUCAUCCUGACACUUGGCCAGGCCUUUGAGGUGGCCUACCAGCUAGCUCUGCAAGCCAGGAAGAGCGGCCAUGGAUCAGCGACGCUUCCGGAAAGCUUUGACAGCAAGCCCGGCAAGCCUGUCCCCAAACCCCGCGUCAACAUCCGCAAAUCAAUGGAGCAGCCAUCAAUGGACCAGAAGGGCCAUGCAAACGUGCCGUGGAUUGUGGAGCCCGGACAGGAGGCAAAGAGAGGAGUCAACACCAAGUACGAGACCACUAUUUUCUAACAUACACCCGCCUUGUCCACUCCUGUGUGUGUGUGCCUUUCAGAAGUUGCCCUGUAUCGGGGCCCGGCCCCGGAGUUGGGCACGAGCUUCGCACGCCGGCGCGUCACCUCACCGGCUGAAAAACAAAAAUACUAUACACCUCGUCUCGUCCCCUCCCCGCCCCCCUGCAUGAUGACGAUUGGCGCUGCGUUCUCUUUUUCUUUCUGCUCUCCCAGGCCUCAUCCUCCUGCCUGCAGGGCUAUCGCAUGACCUUUGAAUCCAGGGUAGUGGUGCGUUUCUAUCUCCACCUGUAGGGGGAUGGUCAGCUCAGUUCUGUUAUUUGUUGCUCUGCCUUUAGCUUCUUGUCUUUUUUUUAAUUAUUAUUAUUAUAGUUUUCUUCCAAUCAGGAGGUCUGGCUUCGUAUCCCUCCUUUUUUUAAGCUCCAUCCCUCGCUUUUCUCUUCACAUCAGCCCCUAUGUCUGACUGUUUCUGACAACUUUAACGAUUUAACAAAGAGUACUGCUCUAAGAGCUGUAACAGUGUUUUAGCUGUCUGUUAAGCCGAGUCUGGGAGCUGACAAAGACGAGGGACGUUGUCUGAAUGCGACAACAGGCUUUUACAGCAUUUUUUUAAAUAAAGAGAGCUUGUAGCAGAGUGUAACUUUGGCUGAAGCUGAUUGAGCUAGCAGGCUACUAGAAUGUAUUUUAAACUUUUUGAUUCUUGAUAUCAAGUUACUUUUUUUGGAGGAACUAACAAACUUGUGAAUUUCUUUGUGAAAUUAGACUUUAAACUUGACCUGUGGCACAGGAAGACAGAUUACUUUUUGUUUUUCUAAGGUCUUUUUCAACAUGUCUGUGUACGUGUUCAGAAUAAAUCUACUCGCGUUGGUUUUACUCGAGGGAGGGGGAGGAAAGUUGUACGUAAACGGAAUAGCAUGUGGCUUGUGGGACGCAUGAUGGCCAUUUUGGAUUUGCUGAGCUAGGUGGCCAGUGGAGAGGCGGGGUGUGAGGGCUCUCUGGAUAAGUGAUGUCAUCUCAUUUUGCAGGGCAAUGGCGGACGCUCAUGUCUAUUACUGUGGAAUGCAAAGAAUGUAGCCAGCCCUAAACAUGGACCUUGUCACACUUACAAUGCAAAAUGGACUACAAAAGGACCCUCUUGCUCACUUUUUAACACGGACGCUGUUCCACAAUGUUUGGGGUUGACUGCGAAAUGUUCCCAUCCAUCCAUACACACUAACAGAACUGCAUCGCGACAGACGACCCGUCUGCUCUGAAUGUACACUUACUUGAAAGCAGCCUCAAAUUUCUGCAACUAUAGCGGGAUCGGUUUUAUGAAGCCCACCAGGGAGGCGGGAUGGUUGAACUCUGGGGAGGUCGGCUCCUCCAUGGAGUCUGAAAACAGGAUAUCAGUGGGCAUGUUUUAACAUAUUGGCAUGGGUUCCAGGAUAUCUGGCUGGCUAAUUUCUUUAUUUUCUUUAAUGUCAGAAAAAGAAAAAAAUCAUAUGCACAACAGUGUAAAUGUGUUUGGAUUUGCUGCAACAACACGCUGAAGAUGCAACCGAUUUGCCAUGAGAAGCCAAUGUGAACAAAAUGGCAUCUAGCGUUAAAAAAAAGUAUUGGUAUUGCCCGACAUUUUAAUGUUUAUUAUGAGAGUAUUAUAUUACCAUGAUGAUAAUCCUUGUGCAAUUCUUGUCUACUGUUGUCUUAAUGUUACAUUAUUUUUCUAUGAUAUGCUGAGAUGAAAAUUUGAGCCUGAGAAUGAUGGCAAUCCUUUAAAAAAAAAUGAAAUAAAACCUGAAUUUAGAUGUUCAUACUUGUACAGGGAGUGAAUGUUGCAGGUUGCUUGCUAAUUCCUAGGUCAGGUCAACCUCCAUUUCUCAUGGGGCUCUACUCUUAUCUUGCAGAUGUACUAUUUUAAAUGCAGUAUUACUGUAUUAUUUGGAUGAAACAUUGUCCAAUUACAAAAUGUACAUAGAUAUUUUGCCAACUCAUUGUUAAUACAUGAAAUGUAAAGAGAAAAGAAUAAAGACUUUGCAGUAAAUGGCACUGGAAACAAGGUACCAAAAUAAAGGUUUGACAUGUCAAAACGUCAUAGAUUGUAGAGGUUGUAUUUUGAGUGAAAAUAUGGAUCAUAUGGUGACGUCACUGCUGAUUUUACCAAUAUAUAUAUACAUAUAUAUAUAGGCUUGGGCUUCCAGCACACUGAUUUUUGUAAUUUGGGCCAUUAUUUAUAUCCUUGUAAAGCACAUGAAAUAAAAUCUGACUUGUACAACCAUA